GAUGAAAUAACCUCAUCCGAUUAACUAAGCUUCAUUUUAUCAGACUUCAUUCACUUACAUUCAACAGCAUCUAAUGGCUGCUACCUCUUCACGACAUCAUCACUCUCAUGUAAUCGUUGCUCUCUUUUUCUUGCUCAAUCUCCAUUGCUGCUGGAACUCGAUCACAUUUGCUGCUGAUUCUACCACCAAUGUGUACAUUGUGUAUAUGGGUGAGAAGCACCAAGAGAACCCAGCAACCAUAGUUAGGUCUCACCAUGACAUGCUAGCAACGUUGCUUGGAAGCAAAGAAGCUGCCAAGAAUUCGAUUCUCUACAGCUAUAAGCAUGGCUUCUCUGGGUUUGCAGCUUCUUUAACCGAUUCCCAGGCAAAAGCAAUUGCAGAGUUGCCGGGUGUUGUCCUAGUGUUCCCUAAUAGCAUUCAUAAAGUCCAUACUACACGAAGCUGGAAUUUUCUAAGUCUCAAUCUACAGUCAAAGUCUAAAAGUAACCUUUUGUCUAAAACUAAUAUGGGCGACGGGACUAUUAUUGGCAUCAUAGACACAGGAAUCUGGCCAGAGUCAGAAAGCUUCAAAGAUGAUGGCAUGGGUCCAAUUCCAUUGCGUUGGAAAGGAAUUUGCCAAACUGGACAAUCUUUCACUUCCACCAACUGCAAUAAGAAAAUCAUUGGUGCUCGUUGGUUCAGUAUAGGCUAUGAUAAGAUGUACGGGCCCAUCAACACCACUGGGUUUGCAGAGUAUUUAUCCCCAAGGGACAAAUUAGGGCAUGGUACUCACUGUGCUUCCGUAGCUGCGGGUCGUUUUGUACCAAAUGCAAGCUAUGAAGGGCUAGGUAGAGGUUUAGCUAGAGGGGGUGCCCCUCUUGCUCGCCUAGCAAUCUACAAGGUUGCUUGGUUUGGAGUAGCAACAGAUGCAGAUAUGCUAAUGGCAUUUGACAUGGCUAUACAUGAUGGAGUAGACAUUUUAUCUGUGUCUUUAAGCGCAGAAGCAGGACUGCCUCUAUCUUCGUACUUCGAGGAUGGAAUUGCAAUUGGUUCAUUUCAUGCAGUAGCAAGAGGGAUUCCUGUAGUUUCUACAGCAGGAAACGAUGGCCCUUCCUCUGAUACGGUUGGAAACACGGCUCCAUGGAUCAUCACUGUUGCAGCCACCACUAUUGAUAGGGAUUUCAAAUCAGCACUUACACUUGGAAAUCACCAAACUUCAUUGGAGGGAAACACCACUAUUGAGAGGGCUUUCCAAACACAAAUGACACCUCAGGGAGGUCAGCAAACUGCUCCGGCCUCCACCGUAUCAGCUGGCAGUAAUGAAAAUCAGGGAGCUAUAAUAUCAAUCGACUCCGAAGCAUCAACAUCCGAAGCGUCAAUGUCUCCCAAAGCGCUAGGAGAUCAUUCAUUUUUAGCUGCUUGCACGAAAGGAAGUCUCAAUGCGACAUUAGUGAAAGGGAAGGUUGUCCUUUGUUUUCUGCAACCAUCCUCACAACGAUCCUCAAUGGAAAUUGCUAAUGUUGUUGCGAAAGCAGGAGGAGUCGGUGUUAUAUACACACAAGCUCACAAUGAUGUCCUCACUCCAUGCACCAUUCCUUGUAUGAAAGUAGAUUUCGAAAUAGGGACAAACAUGUAUUCCUACAUUAGAAGAGCAAGCUCACCAGUUGUGAAGCACAGUCCGCCAAAGACAAUAGUAGGGAAAAAAGUAUCUCCCCUGGUGGCCUCAUUCUCAUCCAGAGGACCAAAUACUUUGUUACCUGAUGUGUUGAAGCCUGAUAUAGGUGCACCGGGAGUGAACAUCUUAGCAGCAUAUCCUCCGAAAGUUACCGGUCACCCUUAUGAAUUCCUUUCUGGAACUUCAAUUGCUUCCCCUCAUGUGGCUGGAGUGGCUGCCCUCAUCAAGACUUUGCACAAAAAUUGGUCUCCUGCAGCUAUAAAAUCAGCAAUUAUGACUACUGCCUCACAAACUGGCACAGAUGGACAGGUAAUAUGGGCACAGGGAGGCAAUCUCAAGCCAGCGACCCCUUUCGACAUGGGCGGAGGGAAUAUCAAUCCCAUUAAAGUAGCAUAUCCAGGGCUCAUAUAUGAUAUUAGCACUGAGAGCUACAUUCAGUUCCUUUGUUCCAAAGGCUACACUGAUGAACAGAUGGCUGGGAUGACUAAAAGAAAUGACUCUUGUUCAAGAAUUAGGCGACUUUUUAGCUUGGACCUCAAUCUCCCCUCCAUCUCAAUCCCAUACCUUGAAAAUAUAGUAACAGUCACCAGGACUGUGACAAAUGUGGGGUCAGUUAAUUCAGUCUACAAAGCUUUGGUAAAAUCUCCUCCUGGAAUUGGAGUCAAAGUUGAACCACACACACUAUCCUUUAAUGCAUCCACCACUAUGCUUUCCUUCAAAGUCACCUUUAAUUCAAGUCAAAAGGUGAAACUUAUGGAUUACUUAUUUGGAAGCCUAACUUGGACUGACAAAAAGCAUUUGGUCAGGAUACCAUUGGCGGUUCGUGUUGCUCAUCAGUAUUCAAUUUCUUAAAAAUAAUGGAGUUCUUUUUGUUUUUUCCUUUUUCCUUAUGAGGGUUUGAGAGGGAGAAAAGAAGAACAGUUCUGUUUCACAAUCCAAAAAACUCUUAUCAUUGCAAGGACUUAGUUUUUUAGAAUAAACAACCACAAUAAAAGUGGUUUAAUUGUGUUUCCGUUGAUGUUUGGGGGGGUAUCUACUGGGAUAGCCCUGGUUGUAGGGUCUGCCUCUGUGUACUUUUCUGUACCUGUAGUGAGGUUUUGAGUUUGAUCCCAUAGUGUUAUUUUGGGGUCCUGGGGCCCUUUCUUGCUCUCACAAGGCUUGUCCUUGAGAGGUUAUUCGGGCAGCCAGUUUUGAUUGUACACAUUCUUUUGUUUUUUCUGUCAUUUGUAAUAAAUCUCCUCUAAAAAAAAAA